AUGGUAGUUGUAGCAUCGUCAUCUUAUUUUCGGCGGCUUUGUGCAAAACAUCUCAUACCGGUACGACGAUUUGCUUCUGCACAGUCUGCUGUAGUUUCUAAAGGACUUCAGAAACCAGUUGAAAAGAUAAGGAAUAUAGGUAUAUCAGCUCACAUUGAUUCUGGCAAGACCACUGUAACUGAAAGGAUUCUGUAUUACGCCGGUAGAAUUGACGCUAUGCAUGAGGUGCGAGAGGACGGAGGUCUAUUUGUGAAUUUAUCUGAUGUUGCUUUCUGA